GUUGUACUUAUUGGAGACUCUGGCGUAGGCAAGAGUAACCUCCUGUCUCGAUUCACUCGCAAUGAGUUUAACUUGGAAAGCAAAAGCACCAUUGGAGUAGAGUUUGCAACAAGGAGCAUUCAAGUGGAUGGGAAGACAAUAAAGGCUCAGAUAUGGGACACAGCAGGGCAGGAGCGAUACCGAGCGAUAACAUCAGCGUACUAUCGUGGAGCUGUAGGGGCAUUACUGGUGUACGACAUUGCCAAGCACCUUACUUACGAGAAUGUGGAGCGAUGGCUGAAGGAGCUGAGAGACCACGCUGACAGCAAUAUUGUAAUCAUGCUGGUGGGAAACAAGAGCGACUUGCGCCACCUGAGAGCAGUUCCUACAGAUGAGGCCAGAGCUUUUGCAGAGAAGAACGGUUUGUCAUUUAUCGAGACGUCUGCUUUAGACUCCACAAAUGUGGAAGCAGCUUUCCAGACUAUUCUGACAGGUGAGUCAUCUAGCGCUUUUAUUUCUGUCCACACAGAGAAGAACGGUUUGUCAUUUAUCGAGACGUCUGCUUUAGACUCCACAAAUGUGGAAGCAGCUUUCCAGACUAUUCUGACAG